GUUUUCUUCGUCGGACACACGCUCCACUCAUCGUGGCGUCCGUGUUUGCCUGAGUCCGGGGACUGGCGUCGUGUGUCUGAGGUGGUGUUGAGGCAAACAUGUCGGUCUCCACGUCCCCGCCUGCCCCGUCGGAGGUUGUUGGUUCGGAGGGCUGUUUCCCCCCUGGAUACAAGCCUUUCAAACCCGAGGAGCACGGCCUGGAACGCGGCUUCCGUCUCACAGCCUUCUCGGACCUGAAGGGAUGAGGCUGCAAGGUCCCGCAGGAGGCUCUGCUCAAACUCCUGGCGGGACUGGAGCCGGACCGGGCUGACGCGACACGGAAGGCCGGUGACCAAGCAUCGGAGUUCGUCCAACAGUUGCCCGGGCCCCGACUCGGUGUGGGGAUGGACUGCUGUGUGAUUCCCCUGAGACAUGGAGGACUCUCACUGGUCCAGACCACAGACUUUUUCUACCCUCUGGUGGAGGAUCCCUACAUGAUGGGCAGGAUAGCUUGUGCUAACGUCCUCAGUGAUCUCUACGCCAUGGGUAUUACAGAAUGUGACAACAUGCUGAUGCUGUUGAGCGUCAGCCAGAAGAUGAAUGACAAGGAUCGUGAGCGAGUAAUGCCGCUGAUGAUUCAAGGGUUUCGUGACGCGGCAGAGGAGGGAGGUACUUCUGUGACGGGUGGCCAGACUGUGAUCAACCCCUGGAUCAUCGUAGGAGGAGUAGCAUCAGUCGUCUGCCAGCCGAACGAGUUCAUCAUGCCGGACGGUGCAGUACCAGGUGACGUCUUGGUCCUGACUAAACCUCUGGGGACACAGGUGGCUGUGAAUGCUCACCAGUGGCUGGAUCAGCCUGAGAGGUGGAACAAGAUCAAACUAGUUGUCACCAAAGAGGAAGUAAAAGAAGCCUAUCAGGAAGCCAUGUUCUCCAUGGGAACGCUAAACCGCACAGCGGCAGGCCUAAUGCACAAGUUCCAGGCCCACGCUGCAACUGACGUGACAGGUUUCGGGUUAUUGGGUCAUGCCAACAACCUGGCGGCACAGCAACGAAAUGAGGUGGCCUUUGUCAUCCACAACCUGCCAAUCAUAGCCAAGAUGACUGCCAUCAGUAAAGCCUGUGGCAACCUUUUCAACCUUAUUCAGGGCACAUCAGCAGAGACUUCUGGUGGGCUGCUGGUGUGUCUACCCCGAGAGCAGGCGGCCAAGUUUUGUUCCGAGAUGAAGAGCCAGAGCUCUGGAGCUGGAGGCUCAGGGGCGUGGAUAAUUGGAAUCGUAGAGAAAGGCGACCGCCAUGCUCGCAUCAUUGACAAGCCCCGCAUUAUCGAGGUUCCACCACGAGGAAGCAAGGCAGCCAAUCAGGACAACAGCUCCACCAGCCCUUCUCCCAGCCCCAAUUUGUCAUAGACACUGUUGCUCCACUGACACUGGUCCUUCAUAUGUGUGCAAGGGUGUGUGUGAUGUUGCUGUCCAUCUUGUCACCUUUUCAAUCAAAUUGCUAAGAGCACAGACAAAAAUCACUUAUCUUUUCCAGUGGGAGAAGACACUAUUGAUCCAUCUUUGGAAGGAAAUAUAAAUCAGGGUGGUAUGCUGUACUCGCCCUCUCAAUCCCAUUUUAUUUAAAUUGGCACUUUUCCUUAAAUCAUGGUGACUUUAUAUAAUUUAUCUGAAGGCAAAAUAAGAAGCUAUUCUUGAGGGAAAUAAUUCCACAUCAAUCUUUCCAAAUUCAGUUAGUGAUGAAAAUUGAGUGUAACUGUGUGUGUGUUUGAAUAUUUUAUGGUGUGACUGGGUUGCUUUGUGGUGGGAAAGUGGAGCAGAGGUUUUUCUUGACUUUUUUGGUAAUGUCAUGUUGAUGAAUGUAUAAUGUGGAUAAAAAAAGGUUCAUUGGCCCCGGCACCUGGCUCUGCCCACACGGCCCAAAGGAAGGCUUGAGCAGCUUCCUUUGGACCAGCUGGGUGGUGCUCAGAAUGUCUGUCUUUGUCAGCUGAUUGGCCGUCCAGCACUAUGUCCCUCCCACCUUUCCUUAUUAAUGAAGUUCUACCUUUUAAACCCCGGCCAGCGGGGACAGGUGGAGUGGAUGUUUGCCUUUGGAUUGUGGUCGGACCUGCUGGAGGUCUUAAGCUGCAUUUGUAGGUUUCCUUUUUAAUAAUCAAUAAAAACCAUCAUCAACUCAGAAUGAAA